AUGUACUUCUUCAAGCUUCUAUCAUGGACUUUGCACGGUCUGUCACCCAACUGGGAUCCAGCACCGCUGUUGAAGCUGGGAAACACCGAACUCGAGUCCACCAUCCGAAAUCAUGUCCGGUUUGAGAUUCAUCUCACUGCUGGUCAGGUUGACGCACUCGGUGCUGGUCCGCGAGACGCAAUUCUCAUCAACGGCAGCUUCACAGGUCCUACACUACGCCUCAAUCAAGGCGAUGAAGUCGAGUUUCUGGUCCGCAAUUACUUACGGGAAGAUACAACAGUUCACUUCCAUGGAGUUGACCAACGAAAGACUCCAUGGAGCGACGGUGUUCCCGGACUUACACAGGGUCAAAUUCGGCCCGGCGCUUCCUACUUAUAUAGAUGGAAAGCAGAGCAGCCCGGAACGUUCUUUUACCACGCCCAUUCCAAGGGGCAACUCAUGGACGGCCUCUAUGGCGCAAUCAUCGUCGACGCAGCUCAGAACGUGGAUCGACCUUUUCACCUCAUUGACAGUGAUCCGAAAGAGGAAAUGGCCAUGCGCGCUGCUGAGUCACAGAUGCAGCCCUUGCUUCUCUCCGACUGGAGUCAAUACAAGUUUGAUGACUUCUAUCACAUUGAAAAAAUUGCGAACUUUGAUCUCGCUUGCACCGAUGCUAUCAUAGUCAACGGUAUGGGAUCUCAAUAUUGCUUGGAUCCGGAAUCGUUGGACAGCAUGACGAAUCCCGUCAUUCUUAAAAUGUUGCAAGACCUUGGAGAAGAUCACAUGACUGCAAAGGGCUGCGUGCCUCCUAUCCAGGCUCUCCAGGGAGACUUUGACGUAAAUAUAGGCGAGCUUCCCACUGAUGCGAUCAGAAAAUGCGUGGGUGGCUGGAACCCUCGGGGAAACUUUACCUUCACAGUCGACAGCCGGAACGGGUGGGCAGCCCUCACGUUUAUAAAUGUCGGUGGCUUGUAUCCACUGCAAGUUUCUAUCGACAACCACGACCUGCAUGUUUAUGCCGUUGAUGGACAGUACAUCAGACCAACCGUCACAGACCGCGUCUAUGUUGGUAAUGGGAACCGGGUAUCAGUGAUGGUGAAGCUCAACCAAGAACGAGCUCUGUACACGGUUCGCAUGGCCAAUGAUCUUCUCAAUCAGAUUUUGGGCGGAUUUGCGAAUAUGGCAUACGAUGGCGCUAACGAAAUGUCCAACUGCUCGAAACCAAAGAUGAACUACGCCGGACAACCUCUUAUCAAAAAUCUUCGCUCAUUCAAGCCUGAGGAAGGCCGCCCGUUUCCAGCUCGGACACCAUCUCGUCGCUCAAACCGGACUUUUAAGCUGCAUCUGAGGAAACCCGGCCGUCCCCACGGAGCUUAUGAGUGGAGUCUCUCAGGCCACGAGGUAUACAACAUGACAAGGGAGCAGCAGGAUCCUCCAUUUCUUUUCCUACAACCGGAUGAGAUCCCACACAGCGAGUUAGUGUUGCGAACUCAUGUCGGUGAAUGGAUCGACCUAAUCUUGGAAACUGAGGGUCCAUUCGCUCAAAGUCACCCUGUGCACAAGCACGGAAACAAGGUCUACUUCCUCGGGUCUGGUACUGGUAAAUUUCCUUGGCAUACGGUAGAAGAAGCCCAGAAACAUUUGCCGCCCGGUUCUUUCAACUUCAAGGACCCAUCUUAUCUGGACACUUUUACGACUCCAGAUAUCGCUGGCGAUGCACCUGCUGUUUGGACUGUGGUUCGAUACAAGGCGGAUAAUCCAGGCACUUGGCUCCUGCAUUGCCAUGUCCAGACUCAUCACGCUGGUGGGAUGGGUGUUGUUAUGUUGGAUGGGAUCAGUCAGUUUCCGAAAGUGCCUACUGACUACGUUGAGUGGAAUGGCUUCAAUGCACCAUUGUAA